AUGGCAGAACACAACGAGACAGUGGUGUACUUAUCCGAGCAGGUGGUGGUGUUGUCGUCGUGCGCGCUGUCCUUUCUGGGCUCGUCGCUCAUCAUCUUCACUUAUAUUAGUUUGCCAGAUUUAAGGAGCACUCCGAGAAAACUGCUGCUUUUCCUCUCAGUGGCCGACUGGCUCUCUGCGGUCUCGUACGCCUACGGAGUGUGGAGAGUGUUCGGCUCCGACUCGCCGGACUGUGUUGCCCAAGGAGCGAUAUCCACCUUCGCCAAUACUAGCUCCUUUUUCUGGACAGUGGCCAUUGCUGUUUACUUGUACGUGUUCAUCGUAAAGUCCAACCAAAGGGCUGCUGACAACAUGGUACUGCUCUUCCACCUGAUCAGCUGGGGGGUUCCCCUGGCCAUCACUGUUGCAGCCGUGUGCCUCAACAAGAUUGGCUACAAUGCUUCGGAGGUGUCCGUGGGCUGGUGCUGGAUCAGGAUCCACAGUCCCGACCGAGUCCUGUGGAUGCUCCUGACUGGGAAGAUCUGGGAAUUCCUGGCUUACCUCACCCUCCCGGUCCUCUACAUCCUCAUCAAGAGGCACAUCCACACAGCGCAUGCUGCCCUUUCAGAGUACCGUCCACUCUUGGCCAACAGGACGCCAUCGCACUCCUACUCCUCCAUGGCAGACACGAAGCUAACACUCAUCCCUAUUAUCUUCAUUGUGUUGCGGAUUUGGAGCACAAUACGCUUCAUUCUGCUACUGGUCGGAUCGCCGGCCGGACAGAACCCUGUGCUGGUGACUCUACAUGGUAUUGGCAACACAUCACAGGGAGCAGCCAACUGCAUCAUGUUUGUGUUGUUCACCGCUCCAGUCCGUACGCGCCUCCUCGCCACACUCUGCUGCGGCUGCUGUCAGGGCAAAGCAGAGAGCCAGCAGGCACUGGAUGCCUCUCACAGGCUGUUGCCGGGACGACACAGCUCAGGUCAGAAAGAGGACGCCACAACCACUGACAGGUGACGCUCGAUUGUGCUGACGAGGACAGAAAGUGGACAUUAAGAUGGACUUGUGAAAAUGAUGGAAAUACCAUAUGCACUGCACACCACAGUAACCUUUUAAAGAAUGCGGUGGCAUUUGUAAAAUAAUGAAAACACUCCAUGUCAUAUUAUUUAUGUUUAAUAAACUCAAAUAUUUCAGUA